AUGAAUUUUUCCUACCGAUCGAAACCUGGAAGAAAGAAAACAAGAAAAAAUGAUGAUAUAUGCCUAAUCUGUGGUGGUCGAGCUAUUGGAGUUAAUUUUGGUGUACAAACAUGUUCACCAUGUAAAGCAUUUUUUCGACGAAAUGCUGUUAAACUUGGCACAAUUGAAUUUCAAUGUCGAGGUGAUGGAGAUUGUCCUGUAACAAGUGAAUCACGUCGACAAUGUAAUUGUUGUCGUUUAGCAAAAUGCAUCCGCCUUGGUAUGAAUAUAAAAUCAAUACGUACUGAUGAUCAACGAUUAGAAAGACUUCGAUUAAUUGAAACUAAUCGACAAAAACGAGCAGAAAAUAAUCAAAUAAUGAUUCGACCACCAAAUCUUUUAAAUUAUAGUUCAUCAUCAUUAUCAUCCUAUGAUCAAACACUUUUAUCAAAUAUAUUUGGUGCAUAUGAUCGAACUUGUGUUAUGUUAAGAUUUAAUGAAGAAUUACAAAAACCAAAAGAUUAUGUAAUAUCAUUAGAAAAAGUUAUGAAUUCGUUUGCUCAUAUGUAUAUGGCAUUAAUUGAAUAUUAUAAAUUUAUUCCUGAAUUUUCUAAUUUAUCUGUCAAUAUUAAAAAAACUUUAGUUAAAAAUAAUCUUAAUCAAUUAUUUCGUAUAAAUAAUGCUGUGGUUAUAAAAGCAACUGGAAUUACAGAUGAUGUUUCUGCAACUAUAUUUGUACGUCUUUUUCCUCCAGAUUUAUUUUCUGAAUUAUGUAAAUGUAUGAUAGCAUUAUUUUCAUUUAUUUAUGAUCCUAUUCUAUUAAAAUUAAUUCUUAUUGUUCUGAUGUUUUCAACACAUUUAAAUAUUCGAUAUGAUGUUUAUCAAUGUGAAAAUGAAAAUAUAACUGAAAGAAUUUUUGCUAUACAAAAUAUUUAUGUUGAAUUAUUAUGGCGUUAUAUUCUUUAUCGUUGUUCAAAUUUUCAACAAGCUGUUAAAUUAUUUAGUACAUUUAUAACUCAACUUGUUUAUUCACAAUAUGUUAAUACAAAACUUAAUGAAUAUGUCGCCAAAAUAUCACCAAAUCAAACAGAUCAAUUGGAACCAAUUAUGAAAGCUAUGUGGUUAGAUGAGAAAGACAAAUAA